AUGGCCCUGGCAUCUUCCCUGGCACAGCUCCAAGCAGAGGCCAGCUGCCCUGUCUGCCUGGAUUACCUGAGAGACCCCGUGACCACUGGCUGUGGGCACAACUUCUGUCACUCCUGCAUCCAGCAGUGCUGGGAAGGUCUAUGGGACAUCUUCCCCUGUCCUGUCUGCCUCCAGCACUGCCCUGACAAGAGCAUCAGGGGGAACAGCCAGUUAUGUCACAUGAUUGAUUUUGUGAGGCAGCUUCCCAACACAGAGGACGUGAGGAAAUGGCAGAAAGAGAAACCCCUGUGUGAGAAGCACAAGCAGGUUCUGAGCCUGUUCUGUGAGAAGGACCUGGAGCUGCUGUGUCCCCAGUGCAGGGUCUCCUCUGACCACAGCGGUCACCCCCUGGGACCCACAGAGCCAGCUGCAGCCUCUCACAGGAGGAUGCUCAAAGGCUACAUUGAGCCCCUGAAAAAGCAGCUUCAAGAUGCUGAAAAGGCACUAGAAAUGCGAGUCUCAGAAUCAUUUGAGUUGGUGUGGAAGGUAGAGAAUCGAAGGAGGGAAUUGCUCUCCGAAGUUGAACACUUUAAGCGUUUCUGGGGAAUGGAGCAUGAUGAAAUUCAUGUUAGGUUGCUAAGUGAAGAGAAGCUUGUUGAAGAUAAAAUUAUUGAAAAAAGAACCCAAAUAUCAGCCCGCAGAUCCACGUUGCAAAGUCUGCUUGAUGAAAUCACCGAGAAGUGUUUGCAGCCUGACCUGGAUUUACUGACAGACAUUGAAAGAAUCCAUAGCACGUACGGAAACCUAGAGAUCCCAGAAGCCUUUCCCUAUCAUUUAACGAAGGAGACUUUCACUCUCCCCCCACAAUAUUUUGGCCUCCACAAAAUGAUCAGCACAUUUCACGUGGAUUUGACAUUUAAUCCUGAAACUGCUCACCACAGUCUCAUCAUGUCACAGGACAGGAAAACGGCAACAUUUCGAAGGAUGAAACCAAACUGUGUUCUCAACCCCGGGGCAUUUCCUUCUCACCCAGCUGUCCUGAGUUCUGAGGGAUUUGAAGGUGGCAGGCAUUUUUGGCAGGUAGAAGGAAGAGGUGUGGGUGAAUGGUCCUUAGGUGUGUGUACAGAAUCUUUCCCCAGAAAUGGUCCUAUAUCACCGGCCCCAAACAAUGGCUGCUGGCAAAUUCAACUCUCAACUACACCUGACACAGGGGAUUCAGGAAACCGCUGUCGGAUUGGUGUUUUUCUGGACUAUGAGUUGGGGGAAGUUUCUUUUUACAAUUUGAAAGAUAGAUCUCCUUUAUAUUUAUUCUGUAACAUUUUUACAGAAAGACUUAUGCCCUAUUUCUCUAUUGGACCUUCUUCCAAAUCACUUACAAUAAGUCUAGCUGAAGAUGAGGGCUGA